AGCCCGCGAGCAGACCUCAGUGUGAGGAGAAUCAUGGACGUAAACUAAACAGAAAGUUACCAUGAUAAAAGUUAGGCAUUUCUUUCAAAUUACAGCAACAACACCCGUUUCCCUUGUAAAUCAACAACCUUCCCCCCCCCAGGGUCUGAGGUUUGCUUAAGUUUACAAGGCAUCGCUCUUUCAACACUAACUACAGUUACACUCUGACAGAAAGAAUGCGCGAGUCAGUUAGCAUUAGCCGGCUAGCAGCGUGCUGACAGCAGCGACAGGAGGCGAACAAAAGAUUGCUCUGCAUUUGUCAGCUUGCACUGACAUUCGGUCCAUGUAGAAGGGGCGAUUAUCACCACAAUGCCCGUGUUACUUUUCCUGAUAGACACGUCCGCCUCCAUGAACCAGCGCUCCCAUCUGGGCACUAGCUAUCUGGACAUAGCGAAGGGCGCAGUUGAGAUUUUCCUGAAGCUGAGGAGCAGAGAUCCGGCCAGCAGGGGAGACAGAUACAUGUUAGUGAGUUUCGAGGAAGCACCGGCUGGAAUUAAGGCUGGAUGGAAGGACAGUCACGCCACUUUUAUGACUGAGCUGAGGAACCUGCAAGCAGUUGGAUUGACAUCCAUCGGCCAGUCUUUACGGACCGCUUUUGAUUUGCUCAAUCUCAAUAGAUUAGUUUCGGGGAUAGACAACUAUGGACAGGGUAGGAACCCUUUUUUCUUGGAGCCUGCUAUCAUUGUGGCCAUAACUGAUGGCAGCAAGCUGACCAGCAGUUCUGGUGUACAAGACGAGUUACAUUUGCCCCUGACAACACCGUUGCCCGGCAGUGAGCUGACCAAAGAGCCCUUCCGAUGGGACCAGCGACUCUUCUCUUUAGUGCUCCGCAUUCCAGGCCAUGCCUCUCCUGACCCUGAACCAAUAGGUGGAGUUCCACUUGACCCAUCCCCUAUUACGCCCAUGUGUGAGGUCACUGGGGGCCGUUCAUACAGCGUAUUUUCCCAGAGAAUGCUGAACCAGUGUCUGGAGUCUCUGGUGCAGAAAAUCCAGAGUGGUGUGGUCAUUAAUUUUGAGAAGACUGGACCUGAUCCUCCACCUACUGAAGAUGGCCCAAUAGAAAUGAAGUAUGGACCUCAAUCAUGGCACAGCUGUCAUAAGAUGAUCUAUGUCAGACCCAACCCUAAAACCGGUGUUCCUGUUGGUCAUUGGCCUAUCCCGGAGUCGUUUUGGCCUGACCAGAACUCUCCUACUUUGCCUCCACGUGCAGCUCACCCGCAGGUGAAGUUUUCAUGUGUUGAUUCAGAGCCCAUGGUGGUGGAUAAAGUGCCCUUUGAUAAGUACGAACUAGAGCCUUCUCCGCUCACUCAGUACAUACUGGCAAGGAAAUCACCACACACCUGCUGGCAGGUUUUUGUGUGUAACAGUGCUAAAUACGGAGAACUCGGGCAGCCGUUUGGUUAUCUGAAGGCCAGCACAGCUCUUAACUGUGUCAACCUGUUUGCCAUGCCCUAUAACUACCCUGUGGUGCUGCCUUUGCUUGAUGACUUGAUUACUGUGCAUAAGUUCAAGCCUCCAGCAAAGUGGCGACAAUCUUUUGAGAACUACCUUAAAACAGUCCCGCCCUACUAUAUCACUGCCCUGCGGAAAGCACUAAGAAUGAUGGGAGCUCCAAACCUGUUGGCUGACAACAUGGAGUGCGGUCUGAGCUAUAGUGUUGUGUCUUAUCUCAAAAAGCUCAGUCAGCAAGCAAAGAUCGAGGCAGACAGAGUUUGUGCAUCAGUAGGAAAAAAGGCGGCACUUGAUGGUGGGAUUAAACUUCGCUGCAGAAGCUCCACCCUCUCUCUGGCACACAGGAAGGAUUUCACGCAGCUGUUGAACAGUAUCAUGGGAGAUGGGCCAGCUCUGCCAAUGGAGGCAAACACCAAGGAGUUUGCUGGCUUUCAACUAGCUGCUCUGAAUAAAGAAUUUAAACCGCAAGGACUGCGGAACCCCUAUGAUAUCCCAAGAUCUCAUCUGCUAGACCAGCUGAGCCGCAUGAGGCGGAACCUUCUGCACGCCAGCAUCUGUAUUCUGAAAGGUCAAGAUCAAGAUCAGCUGCACAGUGUUCCUAUAGCUCAGAUGGGCAACUAUCAGGAUUUCUUGAAGCAUUGCCCAUCCCCUCUGAGAGAAGCAGACCCCGAUCAGCCUAAACGUUUGCACACCUUUGGUAACCCCUUCAAAUUGGACAAGAAGGCAAUGAUGGUAGAUGAGGCAGAUGAAUUUGUUACUGGCACUCAAGGCAAAGGCAAACGUCCUGGAGAAUCAAGCAGUCCUGCUGGGGGCGGGGCCCCCAAACGCAGACGCUGUAUGUCUCCUCUGCUUCGGCUGGGACGGGCAUAUACACCUCCCAAAACACCACCUAGAACUCCAGAUAAUGAUGACACAGAAUUGGGCAAUCACAUCAACAACCAUCUCGAGUCAAACCGCAACUCGGACAAGGAGCCGAGUCCUGCACCCGAGUCUGAACUGAUCCAGCAGAGGAACCUCCUUCAGCUAGAUGAGGUCGAGAACCAGGAAAACAGAGUGCAGGAGAACGGCCAGUCCAGCGAUAGUGAGUUUUCUCUGGGCAGCGAGGGUGAAGAGGAGGCCCCACGCCGCUACCCUUCCCCCUGCCAACUGAAGAAGAUCAGAAACCAAGAGAGCCAGGAACUGAACUCUGAACUCAGAGUACUCAUCACCAAGGAGAUCAGGAAGCCUGGCAGACGUUAUGAAAAAAUCUUCUACCUCCUCAAGCAAAUCCAGGGCAGUUUGGAAACGCGUCUGAUCUUUCUGCAGAGCAUAAUCAAAGAGGCUGCCAGGUUUAAGAAAAGGGUCUUGAUUGAGCAGCUGGAGAACUUCUUGGAGGAGAUUCACUUAAGAGCCAACAGCAUGAAUCAUCUGGACGGUUUCUGAGCACUCCAUCUGUCCUACUUGAAGGACUCGCGCACAUAUCUGCACUAUUUAUGUAAUGUUAU